GUGUGAGAUUCAUGAAGUGUAUUCUAUUUAUUGACUAUCUAUUUAUCUAGCUAGCUAUCGAUGAAACAUACGUUUCCUUUUUCAUUUAAUUUUGUACUAUUCAUAAUACUGUUGUCCACGUAAACAAAGGCAUUUUUGUCGAUGAGAGUGAAUGCAGUCGCACCCUCUAUCACAGGAUUUCACUAUCACACGUUCAGCUGGUUUAGCCUUUAGCUCGACGGCUAACUGGCACUCAUCAACAUGACGUUUAUAUUCUGAUAUUAAGCAUAAAUUUGAGGACAUAUGCGUCUGAAUGGGAUAGACUGCAGAUCGUCACUUAAGCCACCAAGAUGCCUCAGAAUAUUCUCAAGAGCACUCAUUACAUCGAGCUGGGCAGCUACCAGUACUGGCCAGUGCUUGUGCCAAGAGGGAUCCGCUUGUACACCUUUGAACAGAUCCCAGUGUUUCUGAAAGAGAAUCCAUACAUCACAGAUGGAUACAGAGCACACCUGCCAUCAAAGCUGUGUCUAAAAAGUAUAUUCAUUCUGUCAAAUGAGACGGUGAACAUCUGGAGUCAUCUGCUUGGGUUUCUGUUGUUCUUCUCUCUGGGGGUGAAUGACAUUGCCACAGUUCUGCCGGCUGCAGGGGCGUCACGAGAGGACUAUGUGAUUUAUUCGAUAGGACUGUUUUGUUUUCAGGUGUGCAUGUUGUGCUCUGUGGGCUACCACUUGUUCUGUUGUCACCGGUCAGAGAAGACGUGUCGCCGCUGGCUCGCACUGGACUACGCUGGAAUAUCUGUGGGGAUUUUGGGAUGCUAUGUGCCUGGAGUCUUCUAUGCCUUCUACUGCAACAGUUUUUGGAGGCAGGUGUAUUUGCUGACGGUGCUGGCUUUGAUCCUGGCAGUGUUUGCAGCUCAGAUUCAUCCACAUUACCUCACACAGCAGUGGAAGAAGCUGCGCUCUGUCAUGUUCUGCUCUGUGGCUGUAUACGGCAUCAUCCCAGCCUGCCACUGGGUCUGGCUCAACGGAGGAUUUGGUGUCGAGAUUGUACAGGUGUUUUUCCCUCGCGUUAUGAUCAUGUAUGUGAUUGCCGCAUCGGCGUUCCUUUUCUACGUUAGUAAAAUCCCAGAACGUUACUUCCCAGGCCAGCUGAACUAUCUGGGUGCCAGUCAUCAGCUCUGGCACGUACUGGUGGUCAUCAUGUUCUACUGGUGGCACCAAACUGCUCUCUACAUCAUGAACUACAGACACAAUCAGCCCUGCACAGACUAGAGUAGUGGAUAAAGCAUGUGUCAUGUCAGUGUGACUACAUAAACUUCCAUUUCUGCUCAUUGCCAUUGCCUAUAUGCUGACAACAUGGUUACAAAAUGAUUUGAGCCUUUUGUAAAUGCAUUUGUUUUUUAUUUGGCAUGAUUUUAAAUUGUGUGUGUACUACUAAAAUCGCACAAUGGAACGCAUUUGCGGGUUAUGUACAAUGAAUAUCAUGAACGUUUUGUGCAGUCAGCUCAUACCCUCUGCUUGAACAAAUGUUUCAAACGUAAUUUUUUUCUGCUGGACAUACAGUGCCCUUGCCUGUUACUGUUUGUACUAUUUUCUAUUGAGCCUUGUUACAUGAUAUUAUUAGUGUAUACAUUAAGUUUACAUUCUGUAACGUAUCACCUCACUUUGCUGUAAUGUCCAUUUUUUUAAAUUUUCUUAACUCUCACUGUUCUGUAGCUGAUGAAUUGUGUGGUUGAGGUUUAGUACUGUGAUUUUGUUACUUCAAUUGUUUUUAUUUUAAUAUUUGUUUGAUUAAAGGGAGUUGUUUGAAGGUAUUCGAUACUUUUCAGUUCAGCUACAGUAUUUCACAGCACUGGAAACUGGUUUUAAUAUUAAAAUGACCAAGCAGGCAUUACUACACAGUAUGUAAAAUAGGGAUAAAAAUCACUAUACUUGCACUGUAUUGACUACAAACUUGUGUCCAGGCAAUCAAUACAGAGCCUUUUUUCUAUGACUGUCUCUUCAUUUGAGUCUUUUUACAUUAUUGGUUACAUGAUUUUCUUUGUCUUGUGUUUGAAUAGUUUUGAAUGUGAAUGAAUAUCUGAAU